AUGCAAUUAAAAAUAUUAUNUAAUGAAUCUGCAUUUGAACGACCACCAGAUCAUAUAGCAUCUUCAAUGAUGAUGAAAAUGUCAACACCAACGUCUCAAACAUCUAUGGGAUAUUUUUCACCACCUGCUAGUCAUCAUCCAGGUGGAGCAACAAUAACAACACCAACAUCACCUAAUACCUUUUUUAAACCUAUCCAACCAACAAAUAUGAAUAAUGUUAAUAUUCAACCAGCUUCUUUACAAACACCAAUCUUUUCUUUACUAACAUCUUCGACACAACAACAGCAACAGCACCAACAACAGCAACAACAACAACAACAACAACAAUCACCACAACAACAACAGUCUUCUCUAUCAUUUGCAGGUUUUACAGGAUAUCAUACUGGCAGUGGAGAUGGCAAUAGUAUUUCUUCACAAUUUCAGUUUCAAAAACCACCGCCACCUCCGCCUCCAUCUUUUGUUCCAUCAUCAUCAUCACCAUCAUCGUCCACUACUAUGAUGCCAAUGUCAACAACAAUACGAUCUGAUCGAUCCGUAACUGAUUCACCAUUUACAUUUGUUUCUCCACCAUCAUCAAAUGUUUUUGAAUCAACAUUUGCGUUUGUUACACCAACAACAACAACAGCAAGUAAAGAUGAUUAUGCUAUGAUAAAUAUAGCACCAUUACCAAAUAUAAUAACUGAUGACGAUAUAACUAAUGGUAAUACAUUAACAAAUACAGAUAUAACACAUUUAUUAACAUUAUACAACGAUGCAAAAUUAUCAAAUAAAAAUGCACAAUUAUUUGCUAUUUAUCAAGAAUUAGAACGUCGUUGUACAGGUGUUAAUUGUAAUCAAUUAACAAAAGAUUAUCCUGCUGUAUAUGAAACAAAAUUAAAUGAACAUGCGCAUAAAACAUUAUCUGAAUUAAAACAAACUUAUUCAAAUAUACAACAACAAAUACGUGUGCGAAUAAAUAAUGAUGCCACACAUAUUAAUGAUGUUCCUAAAGAAUUAAUUAUUGAAUCAGCUGCACUUUUAGCAACAAUUAAACAAAAAGAAACAUAUAUUUAA